AUGUCCGGGAGAAAUACAUCGAGAUCACCACCGCCUAGAGCAUACAGGGGCUAUGAAUUUGAUAGAAGACCACCGCCUGCGCCUCGAAGUUACGGAGGUGGCUACAGCGAUAGAGGUGGAUACAGCGACAGAGGUGGAUAUGACAGAGGCGGAUAUCGUGGUGGUGGGUUUAGGAGAGGCUUCUAUAGGCCAAGUCCUGGCUGGAGAGACGACCACUUGAGUAGGAACAGACCACCGAGAAGCCCGCCGCGAUACAUUCCCUCACGCAAGCCAUAUAGUGGUGGUAGAGGUGGUUAUAGAGGUGGCGGCGGCGGAAGAGACUACGAUAGCUACCACUCGCAUUCAUACAGUCACCCAAGCGCACACAGCCUUAACCACAGUCAUAAUCACAGGCCACCGCCUAUAAACACAUCUUAUGACUCUCCUCUCCCAUCACCUAGCAGCGUCACCCGUGAAGUGAUUACCAGAGACCACGAUGAUGGCGAAGAGGGUGAGCUGAAAGAGGAGACAGUCAUCGAACCAUCCCCGCAGAUAAUCCAUCCUCCACCAGCUAGGCCUCGUAUCCCUUCAAUUAAUUCAAAUUACCAUCAACGCCAUUCUAGCUACUCGCCUACAACUACCUCACGCAGCCCUCGCACGCCUGAAGUUACAGCUUUCGACGAUAAGCCUGGGAGAUUGCACACAAAAACGCGCAUUUCAAAUACCAGCAUUACAAAGGAGAUAGUUUAUCCAGACAGCCCGCCAAAACCAGCUCGCGAGCCAAAGAUAAGAGGUAGCGCAACGGUUGAGUUGGAUGAUCAGCUAGAGAAGUUGAGGUUGGAAAGGAAGCAAGCAGUGGAGACUGGUAGAUUGAAUGCAAUUGCAGCCUUACACGCUUUAAAUGAGGUUAAAUUGUUCGACAUAGAACUUUCAAGUCAGAAAAUGAAAUCAACAAUCUGUGACCAGCAGUGUUUAGCUGAUUGA